AUGGGGUCGGACAUCUUCGCAGUCACUGCUUCCUCCGGCGCCCCUGCGGGGCAAGCGUCGGAUAGCCCAUCGUCGGAUGGACGGCAGGAGGACACCUGGGACGAUAGUACCCUCCCGCCGGGCCCUGAGAGUCCGAAACCUCUGGGCCGCUGUUCUAGAGGAGAUUUCUUGAAGCUAUUUUUACAUCUCGAAAAUAAGGGCGUUUCCGAAUACACUCCUUGGUCCGGUGUGCUGUGUGGAGAAUUGCGUGACAUCCCGCAAGUCGUUUACAGCUCAAGUUCGACACUCAUUCUGGAAUUUCAUACCGAGGGUCCACAGUCUAAUGCCACUGGCUUCUCUGGCAAAUUCCAUUUCAUCGAUAGACGCUUAUUCGAGACGGACGGAUUGUUGGUGUCCGGCACAAUGUGCGACUACAAGUUUGUCAGCUCGCAAUUGGCGCCUCAGUACGGACAUUUCUACUCAUUGCGUUAUCCCUCUUCGUAUCCGAAGAACAUCCGGUGCUCCUACCUCUUCCGGGCAAGAUUGAAAGAGAGAAUUCGUCUGGUCUUCGAGGAGAUUUCUCUGCAAAAAGGGGAUUUGAGUUGCCUGAAUAGAGCGGAUUUAAUCAGGGUGCACGACGGAGCGGAUUCAGGGGCGCCUACAAUAGCCGUGCUCUGCAACCAAGGAGCGGAAGUGGAGGUACUCAGCACGGGACCAGAUCUCUACGUCGAGUUCGUCGCUAAUUCCGACUGGCCAGGCCAGGGCUUCAAGGCGACGUUUCAAUUCCAGCCAUUGGACGAUGCGCUGCAUCUUGAGCCGGACAAGGUCCCGGGGGCCGUUACAGGGAACCCCAAGUACUCGGUCAUCGGACCGGCUGUCAGCGCUACUACGUCCCUCUGCGACGUGGUUUACAACAGCGAUUUAACGAAAACAGGCGUGGUCACAUCUCCGUCAUACCCGAAUUCAUAUCCAGCCAGGUCGCAGUGUACAUACGAUUUUCAAGGAAGGGGAAAGGAACGGGUACAGAUCAUAUUCCAGGACUUGAAUUUGUAUCAUUCGCCAAAUGCUCCAAACGACUGUACGGGAAGCGACUCGCUUGUGGCGUUUGUGUACAUAGACGGGAAGAAGGAUAAAAUAGACUCGUUUUGCGGUGACACACCACCGCGGCCUAUCAUGAGCAAUGGCCCACGACUUUCCCUGGAGUUUCAGGGACUAACCAGCUCUCGACUCGCGAGAGGCUUUAAAGCGACGUACUCCUUCAUAGAAAACUUCGGUAUAACGACAGGUCGGCAGGAGGAGAAAUUUCCGUGUGCCUUUGCUUUCUACAGCAAUGAGACUCGGAACGGUACGUUCGCGUCGCCAAACUAUCCCGGACUGUACCCUCGUAGCACGGAGUGCCACUACUUCUUCAAUGGUCAACCUAACGAGCGGGUUCACCUUCAUUUCCACUUCUUCGACGUCGAGGGAGUAUUACCAUGCGAAGCUGUGUCAGCCAGCGAUUAUGUCGAAUUCUCCAACUACAUGGUCAGAGAUCGGAAGUAUCAGAGACACUGUGGUCAGCAGAGAGAAUUUGACGUUUACAGCGACAGGAAGUUCUUUCGUGUUACGUUCAUGAGUAACGAUCGUCUCGACGCCACGGGUUUUAACGCCAGCUACGUAUUUCUGGACGAAGAGGAAAAUUAUACGAUGAAAAUACCUGUGAACAGCGGAUCGCCACGUCAAGGUGCCCUGUUACCGCCUUCGCCGUUGUUGCUGCUGCUAGUGCUGCUAACGAGUUGUCUUCUCGUUGGCAGUCAUUAAGAAAGCCUGGGAUGAGAAGGGAGCAAUCAUUGGGCGGCCACUCGAACGAGUCCUGGCUCAAUUUACAACGAACCCCAACUUCGAGAUCGAGAGUCAUCCAAAUAUCACCAAUAGCUCAAGCUCACCAAAAAGAAAGUGGCGAUCUCGUUGAUGAAUUCGUCGAGAGGAAGUGUUACCAAAGUCUAUUAUACCUCGAGACACACGCGACGUCUUGAAUUUAUCCCCUCAUCCUUCCCCACCCUGUCUCGUUUGUUCGCGUCACCGUUGACUAUCCCGAAGAAGAAGAACAUCGGCGCGCAAUAUAAGAUAUUUUUACGUCGUCUAAACGAGAGAGAAAGAAAACGUAUUUCUUCAUUGUCACGAACAAUGUUGUUCGUUCGUUGUUGCAGCCUUUGUAAACCAGAAAGGUUAAAUUAAUAGACUGCGAUGCUAAGUAGCCACUAAUAGUCUUGCGCGGAUAAGUUAUAGUCGAACAACUAUUAUUUCUACGGAGGAUUUUUAUUUUUACGAUUGAUAGUGGUUAUCCA